AUGCGCAAGUGGGCGAGCGAACUGAUGCGAGGCCUUUCAAACAUGUUUGCUGUUGACAAGAAUCGCGAGGUGCUACUGGUGAGGCCGAAACUACCUCUCGUUCUCCUCCAAAGCCCCGUCAUCUCGGCUGUUUACCUGCACAUUCCUGAGAUCUCGUUUGACGUCAGCGCUUCCGCAUUUGAAGGGAAACUCUCCGAUGACCCCGCUGCAAGUGCUGACCCGUCCAACGCGCUCCUCAGAGUGGGGACGUUGCCCACGACUUGGCUGGUUGUCGCCGGGCAGGAGAGCGAGCGAAAGGGCCAGGCUCAGUCCAGAGCGAAUCUUUUCAUCACCUGUGCAGGAGGAAAGUGCGGUGCGGGCAGUUUGCGGCCAGCGAUCGGAGUCUUUAUGAACGUUCUCACAACUCAUCCUGUGUAUGGAGUUGCAGUCGGCAAGAGAGGUCGCACCGAUGAAGCGCAUCGUCGUUCUCAGCUGGGUGCCGAUGGCAAUGAAAGAUGCCUCGAAGUGACCGUUGUGGACGGUUGGAAACUUCUCUUCUGUGCCAGCUAUGCCAAGAACCCUCUAGGGUGUUCCGAGGUCCCCAAGUUGCCUUUGCUGGACUCAGAGUAUCUCCCCUCCGUCAUCCUCACCCUAGCUGAGAACCCUUACUUCGAGUCCGGACAAGGCGUCCCUGCUUUCAAUGCCCGUGCCAAUGUCACCCGCCUCAGCAAGAUUGACCGCUCCAGCCUCCUCAGCCUCCUGGCUAGGACGAGUCAAGUUCCGACCGGCCUAGGUGAUGUGAACGAAGACUCCCUGAGAGUUUCCUGCGACCUCAACGUCGAUGCCGAUGGAGACGUGUGGGUCAGACACGCUCUUCAGCUCGAUGUAGGCAUGGCCCAAAUGUCCGGCAGCCCCAACAAGUUCGACACACUGUACGCCAUGAUGAAGCUUAUGGACGACAAAGGGACAGCUGAGUGGGAGUGGAGGAACGUGGCAGGAAGGGGGCUAUCAGACGCUGUCUACCUCAUCGACCUGCCCAUCAACAGGACUUUCUCUUCCACCAUGUCGACUCGUCACCGGGAGCUGUACUCACUACAGGGCAGCUGGCUCACGGAGGACAGGAGCGGUGAUAGCGGUGAUAGUGACAUCUUCGGUCUAGUGGCCAUCCCGCUCCUGGAUGGGAAUAUUCAUGGUCAACUCAUUUCCAGCGAAAACCAGCUGCAAUUGAACCUCACGGGAAAAGACACCCUGAAGCAAGCUGACAGGCUCAAAAUACGUCUUUUGAUAGGGAGCGAUCGAUCGAUCGACCUCUCGGCCGAUGUCAAAUGGGACGAUAAGACUUUACUACACACAGAGCUGGGUCUUAGCGCGUCCCUGGAGGCUCCUAGAAGCAUCGGGCUGACCCUGCUGAUUGAGAUUGAUCUCUUUGACACCUCGUUGAGCGCCGCCUGGCCGCAAAGCUGCUAUCAAGGUUACCUGCGCAUCAGCGAAGACCGGAAGCAGCUGAUCCUGCUCAACGCGUCUGUGACCGGCAGUAUUGAUGCCCAUCACCUACUUGCCGGACAAGGCAACGUGACCUUCGUUCUCCCAGAUCAGCACGUGCUGAGCUGGACAGGCUCUCUGCUGGCCAAGGGCUCUCGCAAUGAGUCCUACUCCAGCAGCCCUUCAUGCCCAAGCUCCAAUGCUGCCGUUGCUGGAGUGCUGCCCUUCGAUAAAACCAGCAAGAAAUCGUCGGAGCUUGUGGCGAGCUACUCUACUCGGCUCUUGCUGGGGCCGUCAGUAGGAAGUGUAAGCCUUGAGGCGAAGGGAGACCUGGCUUUGACUCUAGGCUACGACUCUUUGAGCGCGUGCAACCAGACGGUUGUGUUAGAGCAAGGCAAGUAUUUCUCGUGCAACAGCAGGUGCCAGGAGGUGAGAGACGAGAGGAGGCUUCGUCUAGCUCCGGGGCUGGUGGGGACGUGGCAGGGGAAGCCUUUGAAGAUGAACAUGACGCGGACAGGGACCAUGUUAGAUCAGCUUGUCAGCGGCUUCAGCUCGCUCGAGGGGCACGUCGGAUCGGAUGUCGUCAACGUCGUGGGCUCGAUGGCGGCAGAGCUUGACUCGUCACGGAUGGUUCCGAGGUCCGGGCAUGUCGCUGUGAGUGACCUGCAUGGCUCUCCCUGGCUAUCGUCCUACGUACAGCUUGACGAUUCUACUGACGAACGUACGUACGGUAGAGCUCUGAUGAAUGUGUCGCUGGGAAAGGAGCUGGUGAUUGACUUGGGACUAGCCGGGAAUCUUCAAACAUCCUCUGGCGUCACGACUGUCAAUGUCAUGUGCCGAAACGCCUUCCGAGGCCGACAGCUGCUCGACUUUGACCUGGGGGCAGAGGUCGCGUCAAACUCGAACGAGCUGCGAGGAAGGAUCUCGAGCCUCUUCAUCGUGAACAAGGAACGAUGGUCCGAGUGGAGCCUUGAAGGGAGACUGAGAUGGGUGCGAAGCCCUUAUGGCGCCUCUUUGAAGCUCCUGAAGGAAGGAAAGGAGCAGCUGCUGCUCAUGGGCACAGGAGACUAUGAAUGGACCUCAGCUAAGAACCUGCUGGAAGGAGCUGCCACAACCAUCGUUUGCAUUCCCGCUGGGAGCAUCGACCUUGACAUGGAUCACUCGGGCUCAUUGACUUUUGACUACCGCGGAGUUUCAGCGAUCAGCCUUGAGAUUUCGCAAGGGCAGUCGACGUUGAGGUCCAAAAGUCUUCGAGCUGCUUCACAGUCAGCCCUCCUGUCCCUCACCGGCGCUGCCAGCACUCGAGACCUGCUGGACAACUCUCUCCCGAGCUUCUUCCAGCACUUUGCGGUGUCACGAGCUGGAAUGGACGUGGCCAUGAGGAUGAAAGUCUCCGGGGAGAACCUGAUGAGUAUGGCCGCGACCUUGGAGUCCAUUGGCGACCUGAGGGGAAGCGACCAGACUGUCUCCUGCAUCGUCGCUGACAUGGGCUUGACGACGCCCUGGCUGUCGAAGGCGAGCACAGACAUGCGACGACAAGCUUCUCGCGUGGCGUUGCUGCAGUACACGGAGCUGGACUGGGACUACAACGACCAGCAGGAUCAGCUGCAUAAGUCCAAUAUCCUCUACAACAACCAGCCCCCUUCCUGCGACGCUUCCACUACCGCCAGACUCGCCAUGACGUUUGGUCGCUCAUGCAGGCCGACCUCCUACCAGGAUGACUCUGGCCUGUGCGUCUCUUGCCCCAAAGACCCUCACUGUGUCGGGACUGUCACCUGCACCACCAAGUCAGACGGCAAGUGCGGGGGCACAUGCAUCAGCGGCUACUACAAGGACGCCAACUCCAGAUGCAUCGCAUGCUCUUCGAGCGGGGACUGUGGAGCCAUCAGUCAGACUCCUCCUAGCGCCAGAGAGAUCAAGAAGUCCAUCGAACGAUCCGUGCUCGUCGCAAUGCAGCUUGUCGACAACCCAGACACUACCAUCACGAGCUCAGCCAAGGCAGCAGCGGGAGGCAGGAGGCAGACAGGGGGAGUAGACAUCACUACCCUUGUUGUGACUUCAUCCUCCAACCAAGACAAGACGACCAGCAUCACCCAAGAGAAGCUCGACAGAGCUGUCAGCCAGCAAGACAACCUGCUCAAUGCCGGGCACUCAGUCUCUUCUGUCAGCUCAGUGACUGUCAGUCAGACUGUCAUCGCUCCAGUCCCCAUGAGCUCAGCGUUUGCCCUGCCCUCCCCAUGGCUGCCAGCUGGCAUCGCUGCCGCCAUGACGGUUCAACGGUUGUGA